AUGUUGUCUGCUGCUGAUAAGGGUCACACGGAGUGGGUGUCGUGCGUGCGGUUCUCCCCGUCGCCGUCCGCCCCCGUGAUCGUGUCGGCGGGAUGGGACAAGCUCGUCAAGGUCUGGGCCCUGUCGAACUGCAAGCUGCACACCAACCUCAUCGGCCACACCGGGUACUUGAACACGGUGACGGUGUCGCCGGACGGGUCCCUGUGCGCCUCCGGAGGUAAGGACGGCACCGCCAUGCUGUGGGACCUCAAGGAGGGCAAGCGCCUCUACUCCCUCGACGCCGGGGACAUCAUCCACUCCCUCGUGUUCUCGCCCAACCGCUACUGGUUGUGCGCGGCCACCACCGCGGGCAUCAAGAUCUGGGACCUGGAGUCGAAGGUUGUGGUGGACGAGCUCCGACCGGAGUUCCCCGAGGUGUCGAUGAAGGCCAUCGUGCCGUACUGCACCUGCCUCUGCUGGUCCAACAACGGAAGCAUCCUCUACUCCGGGUAA